AUGGAGAUUACUGCAUCUGCAAAUUCUAGUGCUCCAGUUAGGAAAUUCUUGAAUCUGAAUUCCAGUAAAAGGGAUACUUUUGGGGUCCCUACACAAGUCCUGUCUCCUGCCCAAAUGUCUUCAUUGGAAAGAAAAGAUAUGAUCCGAAGAUUGAGAUCUGAGCUUGAACUCGUUCGGGAUGUCCAGAAGAACAUUGUAGUGGAGAGAGGUGUUGGAAAUGUCUCUUCAUCUAACCGUGUUCUGAAUGUGGAUGUUGUCAAGUUGAACAUCCCUGAUUACUUCACUAUUGUCAAGCAUCCUAUGGACUUGGGAACAAUUAAGAGCAGAAUUAUGUCAGGCUUGUACUCAAGCCCAUUGGAAUUCGCUGAAGAUGUCAGGCUGACAUUCAGCAAUGCUAUGCUGUACAAUCCAAAGGGGAACGAUGUUCAUAUCAUGGCUGAGAGCCUUAAAAAGUUUUUUGAAGUGAGAUGGAAAUCCAUUGACAGAAAGUUGCCGAAGAAGCUAUUGAAUGUCUCAGGCCCAAGCAAUUCAUCCUUGCAACAGCAAAGAGUAAACGACCUAGCAGAUGAAGAUGUUGAUAUUGGUGAGAAUGAGCCUCCUGUGUCUAGCUAUCCUCCUGUGGAGAUAGCGAGUGAUAUAGGCUGCGAGAGCAACAGAGUUAUGAGUUCAGGGAGCUCUAGGGAUUCUGGCGGUUCUUCUGAAGUUGAAUCUGAUCACGUGAAACCUUCAAGUCGAUCACCUGUGUCUAAGGUUCUGGAUGAUAUGGUUCGUGGAGGUCAAACUGAUGAGAAGAAAAUUGGUGAUCAUCCCCUGGAUAGAACUCAAUCUGACAGUGGGUUGGAUCAGCUGGAAGAGAACUCUGAAGAAAGCCUGGGUCAGAUUAUUCGGAUGGUCAUCAAGAUGGAGAAAGUGCUCCUAGUGGGAGUCAGGAGUUCCCCUCAUAAGGAUUAUAGGGCGGCUAUGAUCAGAAACCGUUUCUCUGACAUGAUACUGAAAGCUAGGGAAGAGAAGACCCUCUUACAGGUUGACAAGGUGGAUCCAGACAAGCUGCAGAAGGAAAGGGAGAAACUACGAGUUGCAGAAAAAGAAAGGAGAAAGCGAGGCUACAAGCUGAAGCAAAGGCUGCCGAAGAUGCCCGGAAGCAAGCGGAAGGCAGCUGCAGCAGCCGAGGCCAGACGGCUGUUGGAGGUUGAAAGAGAAGCAGCACGUCAGGCGCUGCUCAAGGUUGAGAGAACUGUUGAAAUCAACGAGAACUCCAAGUUCCUGGAAGACCUAGAGAUGCUUAGAAGUGCUCCUGCCGAGCAGGUACCAAGCUCUGUGGACGAAGUGAGCCCAGAUAACUCUCCGGAUGGGUUGGGUGGUUUCAAGUUUGGUGGGGACAGCAAUCCGUUGGAACAACUUGGCUUGUUUAGGAAGGACGAUGAAGAGGAGGAAGAAGGCGAGCCUUUGAGCGUUCCACAGGAAAGUUUCAAGUUUGGUGGGGAUAGCAAUCCAUUGGAGCAGCUUGGAUUGUUUAGGAAGGACGACGAAGUGGAGGAAGAAGGUGAGCCUUUGAGCGUUCCACAGGAAAUGAAUGAUGUGGAGCCAGAAGAGGGAGAAAUAGAUUAGGCCUUCAAAGGAUGGACUAAUUUAGUGGAUAUCUAUGUCAGAAACAAAAAUGAAAAAAAAAGAGAAAUAGAAAAGAAAAUGCUGGACACUUUGCAGCUGCUUCAGCUGUGAGAGAUCUGUAACUGUGAGCCAAGUAUAGCAGUCAACUUGUCCGUGAGAGUCGAGUUACAUUGCAGGGUGAAUCUGGCUGCUACCCCUCAGAGGUGGAAGAAAGGACUCGGAUGGUUGCAGAAGAAUAGCUCAGUUCGUGCUCUCAUGGAUGUAUAUAUAAUGCAGUUUUGCCUUGAGCUUUUGGAGAAGCAUUGUUGCUCUUUAAGUUAAAUCCACAGCCUGAAGAAGAGACGGUACGACGAUAGAGGGAAAAACAUGACUUGCAUACAUCCUUUGCCUUGGAUUGUCGAGGUGAGUCUAUUGGACUGUAGGCUUGCAGUGUACCGGAGAGAAUGACUUGGUGGUUUUGUGAUAUAAGAGUUAGGCGGGGAGUGAAUUUCUAUGUAAAAAGUAAUUUCGUAGUGUUUGCUUAAAUAGAAUACCUUUUUGUUUAUGCGGCAACAGCAGAAGCAGCUAUUACUAAUUACUGACUGAAGCAAAAGUAAACCUUGUUAACAGUAACCAGAUCUCGAUGCAAUAGCUGCUGUCCCAAACUCGCAACAGAUGCUCGAUGAGUCUGUUGCCACUGUUCUA